AUGAAGAAUAUUCAGUAGGUUAUUACCAUGUUCUCGUUUAAAAUUCUCUUUACAAUUCAUUAAAUAGUAUCACAAAGCCCUGUAAAUGCUUGUUUCAGCUUUAGUUAAACGUGGAUAAAUUUAAUUAAUGAAUAUUAUGUAUUAUAAGGCAUUUUAAAUAGUAUAUCUUUCUUUUGUUUCCAAUUAUAAUAUUUCGAAUUAAAUUACAACUAAAUGUAUAGCCUUUUGACCAACUAACUCAUCUUUGACUUCUAACUCAGCUAAUAACACAACUAUUGGAAUAUGUAUUAGAAUAUGCAACAUUAUUAUUAUUCUAAUGCGUAUGCUUAUCCUUAUGUAAAUCAAACUUAACUCUAUCCUUAACCAUUUCAAUAAAUCCCUGCCUAAUCUGAACAAGCGUAAUGCAAGGAGGAUGCUAGUACAACACAGGGUACAAGAAGAUCUUUUUUCGAGACUAAAGAUGCUGUACCUUUUGAAUCGAGGGAAACGUUAGAAAAAUAUAUAUUGAUGAUAGUCAAUGAGGAUGAAGAUGUGAAUUAAGUGAUUUCUUCGUUAAAAAACAAAAACCAACUUUCUUUGGCGAGUGUCCUUGAGAUCCUAUUCCAAAAGCAAUAGCAACAACAUAAGAGUAGGGAGGAACUCAUUAAAUUUUGCUUGAGAAAAGCAUUAAAGUUCAUUUUCAGAAAGGUACAGGAAGAAAAUGAUAAAACAAAGAUUAAUUUGAAAUCCGCAUAGAAAAAAUUCAUUGAAAUAAUAGAACAAGAGACUAAGAAAAAUAUCAUAUUGCCAUUUAGAAAAAAUAGCAAGAAUAAAACUAUGAAUUCAGAAUUCUUAAAAGAAAUAUUUUCUUCUAAAACUUUUGUUCGAUAUUAUGAACAAUAUUUAAAUUGUCUAGAUGAAUAAAUUCAGAAAGACUCCAAAAAAAAAAUCGCUGUCUUAUGUAAUAAAAUAUAGAAUACAAUUUCAGACGAUAAAAUUUUUUCUUUCGAAGUUAAAAGAUUGCCUUGGUCUCUAUCCAAUGUCGAGAAAGUAAAAAUAACAGCCAAAGAAAUGUUAAUGUACUCUACAGAUUAGAAAUAUUGACUAAAAUAGAUUUCAUAUUUACAUUUCAUCGCAUCAUAACAUAAUUAAAAAUA